CUAUUUGAACGUUUUCAUUUUCUCUAAAUAAAAAGCUUUUCUUUGCCCGCUUUGUCUUCUAGCUCUGUACUACGUGUGUUUAGGCCACCCCCUUCAUUUUGCCAACUGGGUUUUUGGUUCGUUUUUAUGCUCAUUAUGUCUUUUUUUUUCGUUGCAUUUAAUUAAAGUGGCUUGAAGUCUUUGAGAACUCUCCUACUGCACUUCACUAGUUAAGAGUUUUGCUCAAGUUUGAAGCUUUUUGCCAUUAUUGCUUCUAGUUCCAGGGGCCAUGGCUUCGGUCACAGGCUUCAGGUUACCACAUUUUUUUGAGUUGAACUCACAGAGUAGUAGACCUCACAAUCGAUUUCGAGUCCAUAAUUCGGCUGGAGGGGAUCCAGCUGUGUUGUUUUCUGAUUUGGCUGUGGUUAAUGGGGACUCUCACUCUGGAGUUGGGAAAAGAGAGCUUCAGAUUAAUCAUGGGAAUGGAAGGUUAAAGCCUGAAGUUGAGGAUAAGAAGAAGAAGAAGCUUGUGGAGGAUGUUGUUGAAGAAAAUUUGGAACCGUCUUGGGAUGAUGGAUAUGGGACUGAGACUGUGAAGGACUACUUUGAUGCUGUGCAGGAGAUGAUUAAGCCUGAUGGUGGUCCACCACGGUGGUUUAGCCCCACUACAUGUGGGCGUCCUUUAAAAGAUUCCCCAAUUCUUCUGUUUUUGCCUGGAAUGGAUGGUACUGGGAUGGGACUCACCUUGCAUCACAAAGCUCUUGGAAAGUUUUUUGAAGUUUGGUGCCUUCAUAUUCCUGUUUACGAUCGAACAACAUUUGAAGAACUGGUGAAAUUCGUUGAAGAAACUGUGAGACUUGAGCAUGCUUCCUCUCCAAAGAAACCCAUUUACUUGGUUGGAGAUUCAUUUGGGGGAUGCUUAUCUCUUGCUGUUGCUUCUAGAAAUCGUUCCAUCGACCUAGUACUAGUACUAGUCAAUCCAGCUACAUCAUUCGGUCGGUCUCAGCUGCAGCCCUUCUUCCCUAUUUUGGAGGCUAUGCCUGAUGUAUUACACCCUACGGUUCCCUUCCUUCUCAGCUACAUUAUGGGUGAUCCAACAAAGAUGGCAAUGGUUAAUGUUGAAACUAAGCUUCCUCCUAUGCAGAGAUAUGAGAGAAUGUCUCAAAACCUCACUGCUUUGCUACCAUGCCUUGCUUCUUUAGCUGAUAUUAUACCAAGGGAUACUCUUCUUUGGAAGCUGAAGCUGCUUAAAUCAGCUGCUGCUUAUGCUAAUUCCCGUCUUCAUGCUGUUAAAGCUGAAGUGCUGAUCCUCGCCAGUGGUAAGGAUAACAUGGUCCCUAGCAAAGAAGAAGCAGAAAGAUUAAAGAAAUCGCUGCAGAACUGCACUGUUCGUCAUUUCAAGGACAAUGGACAUACCUUUUUGUUGGAAGAUGGCAUUAGUUUGAUGACGAUUAUAAAAGGCACUAGCAAAUACCGUCGUUCAUGGAGGCACAAUUUUGUCUCGGAUUUUCUGCCUCCUAGUAGAACAGAAAUCAACUAUGCAUUUGAACAAGUAGUAGGAUUACUUCGCAUUGCUACAAGUUCCAUAGCUUACUCUACUCUAGAAGAUGGGAAGAUAGUGAAAGGUCUUGCUGGGGUUCCGAGUGAAGGUCCAGUAUUGUUAGUAGGAUAUCACAACUUAAUGGGACUUGAACUAUAUCCAUUAGUUGAAGAGUUUUUGCGUGAGAAAAAUAUUGUAAUUCGAGGUGUAGCACAUCCUCAACUGUUUGUGGCCGAUUCAGGAAGCUCAUCACCUGAAUUUUCUAUGAAUGACUGGUUCAGAGUUUUUGGUUCUGUACCAGUCACACCAAGUAAUCUAUUCAGAUUGCUUUCAUCAAAGUCCCAUGUCCUCCUUUAUCCUGGUGGUGCACGUGAGGCUCUACAUUCAAAGGGUGAAGCGUAUAAGCUGUUUUGGCCUAGUCAACCAGAAUUUGUGAGAAUGGCAGCUCGAUUUGGAGCAACAAUUGUACCAUUUGGAGCCGUGGGAGAAGAUGAUCUAGUAGAAUUGGUUCUUGAUUACCAUGACCUGCAAAAGAUUCCUGUGAUAAAUGACUACAUUAGAGAAGUGAAUCGCAAUGCAGUGAAAGUGAGGGAUGGAUUAGAUGAAGAAAUUAAUAGGGAGGAUCUCUUUAUUCCUGGGCUGUUGCCCAAGAUACCCGGGCGAUAUUACUAUUUGUUUGGAAAGCCUAUAUUUACAAAGGGAAGGGAAGAGAGCUUGAAAAACAGAGAAAAUGCUAAUGAAAUGUACUUGCAGGUAAAGUCUGAAGUUGAAAAUUGUCUAGCAUACUUACUCAAGAAGCGAGAGAAAGAUCCUUAUAGGAAUGUCAUUGAUAGAACAAUUUAUAAGGCAAUUAAUGGUCCUUCCCAAGAUGUCCCAGGAUUUGAUCCUUGAAAACAGCAGGCAAGGCAAGUGUUAUUAUUGUCUAGGAGUAGCAAGCCAUUUUUUCCCCUCUUCCUUGGUAGAAGUUGGGUGUAUAUUAGUAGGAGAAAUAUCUUCUAAGACAAGAAAAAAAAAAAAUAUAUAUAUCUUCUGAUAAUGUACAAGUACAGAAGUACUCAUAUUUUAUCAUAAAAAUAAAUAUAUUGGUACAGUGUAAAGCUACUUUUAAGAUUAUUAGCCAUGUUUCACAAUGAAAAAAAACGAAAGAGGAGCAAAGGUUGAUAAGAAUGUGUAUGAAUGCGUUCCUCCUGGCAAGAUAAUAUUCUUUCUGUUAAGAGCCAGCUAUACAUGUAUAUUUGAAUAUGGCAUCUAUGAGGACAUUUCGUUUGUGUCAACCUCAAAGCAUAAUAAACUAUGAGCCACACACUAAGCAUUGAUAUUUGAAGCAUUGUCCUAAAGCACCUUAUAAGUGUUGGUAGUUAUCUCUAAACUGUUUGUUUCAUUAAAGGGGUUGUUUUACUACUUUGAGUACGUAGUAUUACAUGAAUAGAAACUGGAAACCAGCGCAGAGAGUAUUGUUUUAAUCUGAUUAGAAAGUGGAAUGAGAUUCUUCAGAGAGCUUUUUCAAAAGGUAGAAUAUGGGUUUUGUGGGGGAGAAAAUGGUGGUAUUGUCCUUGAUACUUGAGAAAUUUCAUCAUGCUUAUAUGCCCAAGUUGGACUACAAUGACAUGCAUGUCAGGUAAUGAAAGGUAAGAUACUUUUAUGUCAUUUUAGGCACCAACAAAUGAAACUCUGUAAGCUUAUCUACAGUUUUUAUUUUUAUUUAUCCCUCCAGAAAUGAUACUCCCCGGAUAUAUUAUAUGAGUCCUUCAGUUUUUUUUAAUAUCAGAUGUGGACAUUCAGUUUCAAAUAAUUACAAAUAAACUUAUUUACAAUUUAUACUUGGUUUUAUAAAUUGGUUAAAAAAGCAUGCCAUCAACUAAUUUGGUCAACAAUAAACUAAAAGAUCUAGAUUCUCUCAAUUAUAACAAACUCAAAUUAUGGGAGAAAAUAGUAAAAAAAAAAGGAAAAAAAAAGAGUUCAAAUUUUUAAGUCAUGAUACCUUUUUUUUUACUAAUUUAUAAAUUAUAAGAUCUUAUUUGUAAUUAUUUAAAACUAACAGUUCUAACUGGUCAGAAAUCAAAUUGUUAGACCCUGAGUAUAGACAUAUCUAGUCCAUGUCUAGCCAGAUAUGAGGUUAGAAUGACAAAUGAGUAAUAAGAAUGAGAAAUGAAAUAGAAAUUGAAUAAAAAUUGAUAUAAAUAAAUAAAGUUAAUUUUUUGGGUUUUUUCCUAUAUAUUUUUUACUGUUCUUAAUUUAAAAAAAAAAAAUAUAUCCUCAAGUUUUUAAAAAUACGAUCUUUAAAGUUUCAUAAUUACAAAAAUACGAUAUUAGGAAAAACAACUGACCGCAUCAACCUAAAAUAAACUAAAAAAAAACAAUAUAUAUGAGAACAACAAAACAUCAACAAAAAAAAAAAAAACCUAAAAACAACCUGAAAAUCUCCCUAAAAUUGAAACUUAAAAUUGAAAGAAAAAAAUAUUUGAUAGAAAAAAGGUAAAUUUUUUAGCAAAAUUAAGUAUUUUUUGUAAAAAUAUCUAAAAUAAUUAUAAUUUUUUUUAAUCUUACAUUGGAAUGAUUUUUCUUCCCAUUUUCAAAUAGAAUAGUCAAUCAACCAAAGUGGUGGAAAAACUAUUUCAUUGAUAUGAUAUUCCAAUACUCUAAAAUACAACCAAACAAAUAAAUAAUGGAAUAAAAAUUAAUUCAUUUUCAUUCCAUUACCCUCAACCAAACAUCACCGUAAUAUCAAAUGUACUAGUGUAGUCAAGCAUCCAAGGUGCACAAGUUAAAAUGGGACUAUUUAGUAAUUUACCAUAUGCAACAAAAGAUAAAUUAUGUUUGUUUUUGAUAGUGUGAUGGUGAAGAAAGAAAAUAGAAGUGAUUAAAAACAUGUGAGAUUUUGUUUUCUUCUUUUUGUUGUUUGGUAGACAAGAACAAAAAAAAAUUAAUUUGUACUUAGAGUUACAAUUGAUAUACGGUUGCUAAAGUUAAAAUUUAUGAAUUUGAGGUUAACAAAUUUAUUACAAAAAAAAAAGAAUCAAUAAUUCAAAUUUGUUUUGUAUUACUCCAUCCAUAUAUGAUCAUUUCAGAUCUUUCAUAUAAACUACUAAAAAAAUAGAUCUUGCUCACUUUCUAUGAACACGUACGUACUUUUUCUUCCAUUCCCACUUCUCAUUAUAUUCCCUCUUACCAAACAUAGAGAAUUUAGUGUAGCUUCUCAUGUAUAAUUAGUGUCGUUUUCCCAACUCCAAGCUCAACGUAGAGAAAACCAUCUAUAACAACUCUCAUCUAAUGGACAUUAUAAUAAUGGAGGUCAUUUUCCAUAACUAAAAUAUCUAUCUCCAAUUAAUAAUAAUAUAAAUAAUAUAGUACCUGAUUCUCCCCAAUAGCAAAAGCUACUAAAGAACACACAAAUCUUUCCAUAUAAAUACGAGUCUCAACACGUUCAAAUCUGCAAAGAGAAAAACAAAACAGAUAUAAAAUUUUCAUUAUUUAUCACUAAGAAAGUAAGAAGAAAAAAACAGCGAAAGAAAAAUGGGUGGAGAUCAUGCUUACGCAUACAAAGGUCACUCCAACUACGAUGACUACGGAAACGACAGCGAUCAACUCUGUCGUACGGUCAUAUUCGACAAAGACGGCAGAAGAAAGACUGUCGUUGGCUGUUCCCCAUACGACACUGAAAGCUACGUCGUCGAGACUGAGAUCACCGAGCGCAUCCGCACCGGCUCGCCUAUGAUCACCUCCGACUACCGCUACGGAUCGCCGAAGAAGCUUGAGCCGGUCAGGAACUACGGAUCGUACGGAGACCACGACACUUACCGCAGGCCGUCGAGUCCGUACCACGACGGCGGGCGUCAUCCUCAGGAGAUUGACCGAUUCCUCACCGGAGUUCAGGUCGAAGCUAGCAGACCUUCUCCUCACAGGUACAGUCCCUCAACUGGCCAUGGCGUGGCUAAUAUCCGCCCAACGACUCACUCCGUCGGGGUUACUCCUGGUCACGGUGGCGGCCUGUACAAGAAAGAUCAUGACUACCACCACAAAAGCUCUGGGUAUGGCAGCGGGGAUUAUAGCAGCGAUGAUGAGGAGGAUUACGAAAGAGAAGAGGAUUAUUACAAGCCUGGGCGCACGAUAUCGGUUCAACCUGUGGGAAAGCAUAGUAUUUAUGACAGAGGUCACGGCCGCAAAGCCACCAUCGGAGAAGGAAGCUAUGGGUCGCCGGUAAGCACUCAUGGUCAUCACGCGAGCGCCGGAGUACCGCUUAGCAUGCCGACGAAUAGUAUUGAGGAGGCUGUACAUUACUUGAAAUCUAGUGCUAUCAGUAGCGAUGUGAAGCCCUACGUGCACCAACCCAAUACUGGUCAUUAUACAGAAGCUGCUACUCCGUACGGCGCGUACGGGACAACCAUGAAUAAGCCCACGGCGGCGUCGACAUACACGAGGGGAUCUACUACUACUACUGGCUCUUCUCACGGGGCGGUGAUGGACUGUUAUGAGGCUGCCAGGAGGUUUAACGGUAAGGUGGUGCGAACCUAAUCAUCAUCAUCAUCGAGAGGUGGAUUAUAGUCGUCGUAUAAUUAUAUAUAUAUAUAUAUCUAAUGGUGAAGUUUAAGAAUAAGACUGUUUACUUUCCAGGGAUUUGGUGAUAUAUAAUCUCCUGGAUUUUAUAUAUAUAUGUUUGGAAAAAUUGGGUUUGCCAUAAAUAUAAAGCUUACGUACGUUGCAACUCUCAUAUGAACGAGUUGGUGUGGUCUUUUUAUAUUGUGGUAAAAACAUUUAAAUAAAAUGGAUUUGAUAGUUUUAUUAAUAUAUAUAA